UAGGCUGUCACAGCACGGCGAGUCCUAGGAGUCAUAGCUUACCAUACCCGGGAGCAAGGGGGCGGUGACAGCGAACUGGCUAUGUAACCGGCUUAAUGGCUACACUUUAUCCACAGCGGGACUGCAUCAUGCAUACACUAGGAUUUUUUUUCUAGAUUAAUGUUUGCUGAAAUUAGUUCUACGUCCACGGAUCCAGUGCGACAGGUCAUCAAAUAAUAAACAGCUGAAGACUUCACAGUGAAUGUGUCGGGCAAGCAAUAAGGUCGGUCGAUAUGGCAUAACUGUUCACAUGUCAGUAGGCUAGUACGGCGGCCAAACGGGAGAAGAGCUGUGCCCUCGCAAUAUAAAUCAAAACACUCGAGAGAGCCAUCGACUUCAGAAUCAUUUUGCCGCUCAGAAAUACAAUUACUGAAGCAACGAUCCGAAGGCAAACACGUCGGAGAAGGAGUCAUCCUGAUUCGGACCAAGACGGGAACCACAAGGCAGAAGCGGGGAGAACACACACAUCAAUUUGUCUUGCUUGACGCACGUUCUGAUUUCUUGCAGAUAUCCAGAACACGGAAUAAGGCAACAAAACACAAUAAUAAUGUGGAACAAUUCUCGACGUGUGGGCUACAACCAGGACCAAACACACUGAUCUCCCCUUGAUCCGACCGACCGGGCCGCAGAACGGGACGCCGCACCACCCAAAUACCCAGAAGCCACCAGGCCUCUGCUGGUUAUGAGCAGGGGGUUGGGAGGGAGGUGUGGGGAGUUAACAAACAUACCAACCACAGCUUUAUCGUAGCCCUCUCUUUCCUGAUGAUUUCCUGAUCUAUUUCAUUAACAUUGAACGUAACCACUAGCAAGUCCAUUUUCAUUCCCCAAAAUAGCCCCAAAACUAGCCUACUAAUAACAAAUACAGCAUUUGACUACAUACUGCAUUAGCAUAACACUAGCAUAGCGUUACUACUAGCAUAACAUAACUAGGAUAACAUUACUAAAAUUCCGUACUAGUGUUCUAUUGACAGUACUUACACGCUGCCACGCAUUCUAAUGAUAUACCUAUCAAUACCUUCAAACAUCCAGCAGCAAAUGAUAAUCGGAAACUGCUACCAUAGCUUUGAGAGUACCCUGCAUAGAUCAGUCAUUCAACCUUUCCCACUUGUCAAGUGGUUUGAGGGCAGUGGUGAAGUACCUGUUGAGACACACACACACAUUCAUUGACACACACACUCAGGGACCAUGCUGAGCAUCCUGGCUGCUGGCUCCAUCUUCUUCCCGGGUCUGUUCCUGCUGUCUAAGAGAUGCCUGAAACACACCCCAGGCCUGGCUCUGAGCGAGGGAGAUGCCACCAUCGUGUCUGCCAGGCUGGUGUCAUCCUUCCAAGCCAGCAUGGCUUCCUUAGCUGGCUACAUCAUUGCAUCCUCCUGUGAGGACGUCAUCGAGGAUCAACACUGGCUUACCAGUACCUACAUCCUGUUUGCGGUGCCCUACUUUGUGUACGACAUCUACGCCAUGUUCCUGUGCUACUGGCACAAGCUGCAGGUUAAAGGGCACGAGGAGGAGGGCGGCAGGCCAAAGCCAAUGGGCUCGGAAGUGGCCAGCUACCUGCGCAGAGAGUUCCUCAUGGUGCUGCACCACGUCGUCAUGGUGACCAUCUGCUUCCCCGUCUCCGUGUUCUGGAGGCAGGGAAAGGGCGAUUACUUCCAGGGUGUCAUGUUUAUGGCUGAACUCAGCACUCCGUCCGUCUGCCUAGGGAAAAUCCUCAUACUGUACAAGAAGCAGCACACUCUUCUUCAUAAAGUGAAUGGCGCUCUCAUGCUGGUCACUUUCUUCGUCUGUCGAGUUCUGCUCUUCCCCUACCUCUACUACGCCUACAGCAGGUAUGCCUCCAUCCCCCUCUACACAGUGCCCCUUGUGGCUCCCUGGCAGUGCAACGUGGGGGCCUUCUGCCUGAUGGCCCCACAGCUCUACUGGUUCACGCUCAUCUGCAGGGGUGCCUUCCGCCUCUUCACCGGGGCCUCACGCUCCCGACCCCCGGCCACCCUCAACAAGCCUGAUAGGGGAUGCUGCCCCGGCCAGGGAGCCCCAUUACCUCCCCCGGCCAACGGCUACAGUCCCGUCCCCCACAAGGCAGACAGAGAGACCGACACACACUGAGAAAGAAAAGAAAGAGGGAGGGAAAGAUGGAGAGGAAGAAGGAUCACUGUGGGGACGGGGCCAGCCAGACCAGGCCGGGAAGACUGAGGUCUGUCAAGGGAAUCUAUUGUACUGUAUUGCAAUGACACUAUAACCUAGGAGAGAGAUUGCUUCUCAUCCUCUACCACUCUCCCUCCCUCCUUCUAUUGCUCCUUUAGUUACAUGGACCUCUGGAAGAAGAGAGAGGCAGAGGAGAGGGUAAAGAAAUGAAUAAGGGAGAGAGAUAGAAGUAUAGACAGGAGAAAGACUUGGCAAGUAUUUAAAUAUUACGUGUCUGUACACACAGAUUUCAAACUGAAUGGGGAAAAAUGAAUGGAUUGAAAAGGAUGAUCGGGUGAGAGAACACAUUGAAGAGCAAUAGUGAUACAGGGAGGCAGUGAAGAAUAGACUAAGCAUGAGCUGAGUUUGACUGAGUUAAAGGGAUAGAUAAUGUAUUCUUCUCUUGAAAGAGAAAUGCAACUGCUGUUCUAGAUUAGGGAAGGAUACAAAUGAAUAUAUCAUAAUGUAUGGAAAUUAUGUAGUAAAUUAUUAUUUGGUGACCAGUUGAUUUUGGUGAUUGCAAAAAGAGGGAUGAAGACAAUACCAGUAUUUCAACUUGUGAUCCUGGUACUGUAUUAUUUGUCCAUCAAGAUGACCCACUCUGGAUCGCACCGGCGCCUCUGGUAAUUGCUUCAUUCUGCCUUCUCUCCACUCUGAAAUUCUCUCUCGCUCCCUUUUCUCCUGUUAGAAAACUAACGUGGGAGGAGAGGAAGGGGGUUUACCCCAAAAUGUGACAAGUUUAUAAUAGUAGACGAGUAGAUGUCAUUUUAGGUUUUUAUAUUGCUCUCAUUCAAAGCAUUUAUUUAUUUAUUAAUGUUGAUUUUUAUAUAUUGUGACUUAGUAUUGGUAGCACAUUAUUAUUACUCCUGCCAUCUGUUGUACUCACUCCCCACUUCAAUCAAGAGGAGAGAAAGAGAGACGGAAUGUUGCCGAGAUUAAUAGAGGGAGAGAGAGAAGGGGGGGGGGGGAGUAGUAGACUCAAAUGGGACAAUGAUGCAGCUGUGCUGUCCCAGUCACCCACCCAAGUUGAGUAAUGCUGGCAGGCAGUCUUCAGUACACGACUGGGUGGGUCUGUGCAGUUUACCAGAGCUUUACCAUGCCUGGGGAGGUGUUUAAUGUCUCAGAAACCCCAUCAACAUGAUAUAAUGAUCAGGAACACUGCUAUCAUCGCCAUGGUUCUGUUAUGUUAGGGAAGGCUGUUGUGGAAUUGGAUCUCCUGCAGGCUAAACGGGGCAACCACAUUUUAGAACCUACAGGCGUUCUAGAGUCUGCGGAUGUAAGGGAUUCCUAGAUGAUCUAAAGCAGGAUUAUGAAGGAUUUAGACAGAGUAAGUUGUUGCAGUGUGUUCGACCGUAUGGGGGGAAUUUGAAAUAGAUUGCACUGGCAACUGUGGUACUCCCUUUAUGCAUUGAGGAAUUUGUGCGAUAGGGCCGAAGAAGGAACAUAUUGACAAUGCACUGAGAGAAGGGACUGACGAGGUUGGAUUGGGGGGGUAGUAAUUUUCCAAUUUUCCGAUCACUAUUUCAACCACUUUUGUUUUUAGUUUUUUGUGUGUUUUACUUGUGAUUUGAAUUAUGUUUUGGUGCCGUUUACUCAUGUUGACACUGUGCAAUGGCACCAAUGUAGCUGUCUACUGUGUCUAAGUUUGCGUCAUAACUGCCAUUUGGGAUGAAGCCCAAGUCAAGAGGGUUGAAAUGUGGUCCUUGAAACUCAAUCCCAAGGUGAGCGGACCUUGAACACUUGACCACUGCCUUGGGUUGUAACUCUACUAGCCUGGUCUCAGAUCUCUCUGCCGGUUCAUCGACGAAAAGUGAACACAUAGAGGGACUACUGUAUAAUAUGCUGGACUAUACUUAUUGCAUCAGGCCGUUUUUCUGCUGAAUAGCUGCAUGAUAGGAAUGAGAGAAUGGCUUUUUGACAAUUGGCCGAUAUUAACCUGGGAACACUGUAACACUUAGUUACUAUUUACAAUGGUCAGUUAUGGUACUAUUUAAAAUGGCUUAUUGAGGACUUGUUAAUCUCCGCACCCAGAACCGAAUCAGCUACUCUAUUUUAACAUUUUAAAACGUUUUGUUAUGAUAGAUGUUUGUUAUUUUCAUUCAUUGCUUUAUAACUGAUUUAAAGGCACAGAUUUAAAGGUACAUUGAUUGGGGAAAUUGUAUGAUCAACAUUAUUUUCCAUGCCAAAAAGUAAACCUAAGCGUCCGACAAGGGAUAUGAACUGUAGAGUUGAUCGUACAAAUCAAACGUCAUUCCCAAAAAAUGAAUUAUGUUCACAAAUGUCGGUUCAAAUCUAAUUGUAUUUGUCACAUGCGCCCAAUACGACCGGUAUAGAUCUUACAGUGAAAUGCUUACUUACAAGCCCUUAAACAACAAUGCAGUUUUAA